CCGCGGUUUAAAAAUAGAAUGACAGUUGUAGCCGUUAUUGAUGUUUUGAGACUUGAGUUAGAUGUUUAAAAUAUUUUAUUUUAUUUAAAUUUUCCAUUGAAAUGUUUUGUUAGGAAUUGUAAUUAGUUUAUUUAACUUAAAUAAAGUUAUUUAGGGUAUUGAAAGAAUGGGUAGUAAUAUUAGUAAAACGGGAAAUGAAACAGCUGCUCAAGCGCAAAAAAACGAUCUGGACAAGGACAUUGGCGGCAAUCCUGAUCCUCGGUCUCCAACUCCAGAAAUAACUCGAACUCCAUUACAGAAUAAAACGGGAUCAAAACAUAAUAUUACGAAGAAUGUGGACUUGCGAAAGACGUUUGAAAGUAAUAAUGGUGACACAAAGCUUAUUCACAACAAUCCAAUUCUCUCCGCUGUCAUUAAAAAUCACUUGCAGUCUUUUGAUCCAAGGUCUCCAACUCAAGAUUUUGAAAGAACUCCCAUUGUGAUUAAUACCAAAACUGAUAAUUUAAACGGUGACCAUUAUAUAUGUGGAGUAGAUAAUUUUGGUAGCCCCAGUCUUCCAAAUGACUCAUUUGUUAAUAAUAAUGAUGAGACAUUACCAAAGAUAAGCCCAGAAUUAAUUCCAAAAAAUCUUUGUAAUGAAUUUCAUGAUUUAAGCCUGGACGAAAGUUUAAAAAAUGAGGAACCGCUGGGGUCAUCAACUGCGUCGAAUGAAGCAUUAGAGAACCACAUUUCCAAAGAGGAACAUAGGCCAACACAAUUACUAGAAACAAAUUUUGAUUAUGUUGAAGAUGAAAUCCAAGAAUAUAGAGAAACAGCCUGUGAUUCAAAUGUAAAACAGGAAAUUGAUAUUAAAAACAAUCCACUAUUUAAGAUUCUUAAUGAAGAUCCACGUUCACCAUCUGUGGGAAUAGAAAGAACACCCAUAGUUGUGGUUAAUGUUGAAAACAAUUCUAUUGAAAACAGUAUUGAAGAAAUGUCGGAUGAUUUACUAAUUAAAGCAUUACAGAACACAAAUGUACAAAUGGAACCAACAAUUAUUGAUAAUAAAAGUUCAGAUGGAAUCCUUAUUUACGAAGAUGAAUCCACUGCAUUAAAUGACACACCCAAAAAAUCAAAAUCUGCAAGUAACAGUGGUUCUAGAACUCCCCUAUCUUGUAUGAGAAAUAAAACUGAUGCAAACCAUGGCAGAUCAAAGUCAGCAAACACAUUAUAUGACCCCAAGACGCAAAAAGUAAUUACUAAAAUACCAAAACGAGCAUCUCAUAUUCCUCGACUUAAAUCAUUGUCUAAACAAGCUAAAAGUGUUUCAAGAGGAAGUAGUAUUUCAUUGAAGAAUUCUGCAAUAAGUGGUGAUUGUGAAAACACACCACCACAAUCACAUCGUGAUAGAUGGGACAAAGAGAGCAGCAUUGUGCUUUAAGUAUUUUUUUUAUAUUACAGGAUGACAUUUGAAGGUAAAUUAGUAUUACAUUAUGUUUAUUUCUAUUAUGACAUUGGAUUACUACUCAAUAUUUAAUAGUGUGUCAC